AGUACCCAGCUAAUACAGUAGGAGAUUAGAACCUAGUAAUUAAAGGAAUUUGUUGUUAAUACAAAGAGAAAAGCUACAUUUAAAAGAAUAACAGAAUAACCAAGUUGGAAGGGACCUUGGAAAUCUUCUAGUCUUACCACUUACUCAGGCAGGAAUUAAUCUGUUUUAGAAGGCUUUAAGACCAACUAAAACAGAAGUUUGGAUUUGAUAAGAUACAAAUGUACAUCUUUGGGAUGAAAUAUGAAUGGAACAUGACAGAGAUCUUACCUAGGAAUAUAAACAGUUCAGAGAAUCAUCUUACUUUUCACCAGCAAGGAAAAAAUCAAUCAACUCCUACUGAAUUUAUUCUUCUGGGAUUUGGCAAUCUUCUUGAACUGAGAAUACUCCUCUCCAUAUUAUUUCUUCCUAUUUAUACUUUCUCCAUUGCUGGUAAUCUCCUAAUUGUUUCACUGGUUAUGGUUGACCAGCAUCUUCACACCCCCAUGUAUUUCUUCCUCGUUAAUUUGUCUUGUUUGGAGAUCUAUUAUAUUUCUACCAUUCUACCAAAGAUGCUGGCUAGUUUUGUAACUGGAGAUCGAUCUAUAUCUGUCUUUGGAUGCAUUGUACAGUAUUUUUUCUUUGGGGUUUUUGUAGCCACUGAAUGCUACCUUUUAGCAAUGAUGUGUUAUGAUCGAUAUUUAGCAAUAUGCAAACCACUGCAUUAUACCACACUCAUGAAUAGUAGACUCUGCCUCCAAUUGGCCCUCACAUCUUGGAUGAGUGGCCUUUUGACCAACACUAUCAUAACCUACUUUCUGCUGAAACUUACCUUCUGUGGGCCCAAUGAAAUUGAUCAUUUCUUUUGUGAUAUAUAUCCAGUAGCAAACAUUUCAUGUAGCAAUACACACUUAGUAAAGCUUGCUACAUCUAUUUUAUGCAUAAUUGGAACAGGGCUUCCUUUUCUCUUUACAUUGGCCUCAUACAUCUGUAUUCUUCAUACUGUUUUACAAAUUAAAUCUAAAAUUGCCCAACAGAAAGCCUUUUCCAGAUGUUCGUCCCACCUCAUUGUAGUGACAAUUUUCUAUGGUUCUGUAUUCCUUGUCUAUGUAGUUCCAGAGACUAAAACACUAAGGGAACUACACAAAAUAUUUUCUAUAUUAUAUACUAUCUUAACUCCUAUGCUCAACCCUCUAAUCUAUAGUUUGAGAAACAGAGAGGUGAAGGAAGCUCUCUUCAAAGCCAUCAGAAAAUACAGCAACAUUUCAUAAUCUCGUAAUGCUUUAAAUUUUUUUAAUGGCAGAUCAGGAUAUUCUGAAAUUAUUCUUUUCUGCUUUCUAAAUAAAAUAAUUUGAUCCACAUCAGUCCUUCAUUGAUGACCAGAUUACCUCUCAAUAUGUUUCUAUACAUGUGUGUGCAAAUAUGUAUUUCAAUAAUGGUGAUAUUUUAGAUAUUUUCUGCUUUAAAUUUGUAUUUUACCCCAGAAAUGUAACAAUACAUUUACAGAAUAGUAUGAAUCAGAAAUGUAUGUUUUCAUUCUUUGUUAGCAAGAAAUUAUUGACAGGUUUUUUAAAAUCAUCCAAUGUUAGUGUUAGAGUCAGGCAGUAAAUGAAUGGCCUUCAGUCUGUAUGUGUGGGGGAAAAUAAAGAACUAUCUUCUUCUCUCUGUCUCCUUCCCCCCCCCCAACCACCCUACUCUUUCCUUUGUUUUUGACGAAUUGUAUCUACUCUAUGUUCCCUGAUACACACAUAUGUAAAAAUUCAUAUAGUAAACAUACAGUAUAGUGGAUUUCCAUAACUUCCUACCCUCAAGGUAACUUUGUCAUCCCUGACUAUUGCCUGACUGUUAUGGAAGAAACAAUUCAGCACAUCUUAGGAACAUUUCUGCAAUCACAGAUAGUAAGAAGGAUUUAAUAGUAGAAUCAACUGUCCACAAAAAUUGGAUUAGUUCUUCUUAAUUGGAUAUGUUCUGCUGAAGCUGAGAGAGGCAACUAACUGGAUAUAUUUUGAAUACCUGUAUCAAUGGCAUAAAUGCUUUCUUCCAACUCUCUGCUUUUUCUCCCUAUCCAUUUGUUUUCUUAAUGACUCUGAAUUGCACUCAUCACUUCACAUUAUUUGGUUUAGGGUUAUACCAUUUUUCCCAAAGAUAAGAUUUUCUCUGAAAAUAAGCCCCAGUACAAGUGUGCCCAAUAUAAGCCCUACCCCCAAAAUAAGUCCUACUUAAGACCCCACCCACUACAUCGCACCUGGUUGCACAAAGCGCAUGGGUGAGGUACAUGGGUAAAAAUCAAGCUAGGGUGGGAAUGGGGGGCUGGAGCUGCCCCAUGUAUCCUAUAACUGCUUACCUUAGGACAUUUGCAGCCAGGCCUCCCAUGCCCUGACAUCUGCCUCGCCUUGCCAGCCUUCUUCUUCUCUGGUCACUCAUCACCACUCGUGCACGUCAGCCCCGGCCUCCAUUUUGCCAUCUGGGGCCUUCUGGAAAGGCCUCUGCAGCUGACAAAUGAGCUGUGGAUUGAUGCACAUGGUUUCCCCUGGCCUCCUUUUUGCUCGUUUCUCGGCACCAGAGGCCUGUGAUGGUUAAAUGGAGGCCAGGGGUGACACACAUGCAGAAUUGGCAGUGAGCAGCCACAGAAGAAGAGGGCCAGUGAGGAGAGGCAGAUGUUGGGGCAUGGAAUGCCUGGCUGCAGCAGUCCUAAGGUAAACAGGUAAGACAUCCCCUGAAAAUAAGACCUGGUGCCUUUUUUGGAGGUAAAAAUAAUAUAAGACUGGGUCUUAUUUUUGGGAAAACAUGGUAGAAUCUGCUCAGUCUUCAACUCUACUUCAUUAUUCCCCCCCCUCAAUAGUUCAUAAACUAAUAUAUUCCAACACACUGUCUAAUGUGCAGACACUUCAGCUUGUCCUAUUUUUAUUAUUUUAGCAUGAGAGAGGUGACCAAGAUAUAUUGACAUAUGACAAUAGAUACAAACUUGAAUGUUUUAUUUGAGGCUAUAGAAGUAGCAGCAUAAAACUCAAGCCAAUAAAAGCCACCAAACUCAGGUUUAU